CCCCGCCAAGGGGCCGUGCUUCCCUGGCCCGUGCCCCCCAAUUCCGGUCCGGUCCCUGGGCACAUCAGCGCAUUUACUACCUACGUGCCUCCAACAUCCUCGAGCCGAUCAUGAAGACAUCCUGACCGUCACCUCGGCAUCUCUUGCGUCGGCUCCCGUGCUACUGGGCGUCGCAUCCGACUCUCUCUUACCUUUUUCUGUACUAACACACUGCCUUAUACCUUUAAAGUACCCACUACUUGCCCGUUCCAUUAUUCAUAAUAGCGAAGAAAUCCGCCGAUCACCCACCAGCCAGCCCAGUCCGACACCCCUUCUACAUACACACAACAUGCGCCUCAAACGGGCCGCUCGCGUCAUCCUCAUCGGGGCACCGGGUGUUGGAAAGGGCACACAGACGGAACGCCUGCUCGCUCGCUUCCCCCAGCUCCAGUCCAUCUCCACGGGCGACGUCCUCCGUUCAAAUGUCAAGCGACGGACUGCCCUCGGCAUCAAAGCGGAGGGCGUCAUCAAGUCGGGCGGGCUGGUCGACGACUCGACCAUGCUACGCCUGAUCAGCAACGAGCUGCGGACGAGGGGAUGGCUGGACUCCAGUGCGCCCAUGACGCUGAGCGCGUCCCCCAUCCACUCGGACGACGGCCUGGGACAGGAGCCCGCGUAUGCACCGCCCAGCGAGGAUCCCAGCGCCAGCUUCAUCCUGGACGGCUACCCUCGAACACCCGGCCAGGCCACGACGCUCGAUCAGAUUGUGCCCAUCAACUUAGCUGUCUCGCUCGUCACGCCCUUUUCCGUCAUACUCGACCGCAUCGCGGGGCGGUGGGUACACGAGCCCAGCGGUCGCGUCUACAACACCUCAUUCCAUGCGCCCAAGGUGGCCGGGCACGACGACGUCACCGGAGAACCACUCGUCCAGCGUCCGGACGAUAAGCACGAGGUGUACAGUGAGCGACUGAGGAAGUUCCAAGAGACCAGUGAGCCAUUGCUCGAGCAUUAUGCCAAAAAGGGCGUUCUGGUGGAGGUGGAGGGGUUGAGCAGCGACGAGAUCACCCCCAAGCUGUUUGAGGAGUUUGAGAAGCGUUUUGUGCAGCGGUCAUAGGCGUUGAACCGCAUGUGUGUGUGUGUGAGCGAAUCACUUGUUUCCGUGGGUUUUGGUGGGAAAUUUCACAUGCAGCGGGAUGCUGCCGGAGGCUGGCCGGUCGGUCGGACGACUGUGAGCCACCUGGCG